UGAUCAAAAUCACGAAAGGCACAUGCAUGGGAAAUGCACUCUCACCAUUUCUUGCAAAUUUGUUCAUGUCGAAUUUCGAAAUGAAAUUGAAAGAAGAAAAUAGUUUACCGAGAAUUUGGUGGAGAUAUGUGGAUGAUGUAGCGGCAGUUAUCGAAAGGGAGAAGGAGAAUGAGAUUAUGGCGUUAUUAAAUUCACAACAACCAACCAUUAAUUUCACAAUUGAACUGGAAACGAAUAAGUCAUUACCAUUUUUAGACGUUCGGAUUUCACACAAAACCGAUGGUUCGAUUGAAUUUGGAGUUUAUAGAAAACCCAGUAACACACCAUGCUACAUCCCUUUCGAUUCACACUGUCCUACAUCCCAUAAAAAAGCAGCAUUCCAUAGUAUGGUUCAUCGUUUAGUCCGCCUUCCUCUAAACAUCAACAACUAUAUGGAAGAGGUCAAAUACAUCAAGUACGCUGCCCUUUUGAAUGGUUACUCAGAGCUGAUGGUGGACAACCUGAUUUCAUUGCAUGCGAAGAAAAUUUCCAAACGGGACUUGACAACUCUUUCAAUGGAAAAGGAACAGCCUAAACGCCAAGUGGAUGGCUCUAAGAAGAGACACAUUGCGAAUGGUUUACAUUAA